UGGCGUUAACCACGUGUAUUUUGUUCAAAUUUCAAAGCGAAGAAGACGAGUUUUUUUCGUUGAAAACUGCAAAGGCUUAUUGAAAAUUAUUUAAAAAUCGAAAAUGGAAGAGACAGUAUGGGAUAAAAUUCCUUUAUAUCCAAGUUUGAAAAAUGUUCAAAAGCAAGAUUUCUGGAAACCGAAUGAAACACAAUAUAAGUUACUUCAAGAUGUAAGUAGAGCCCAUAUAGAAUCCUUUAAUUUCAUCACAAGAUUAGGACUUUAUAAAGCGAUUGAGAAUAUUCCACCAGUUGAAUAUGAAUUGCCAAAUGGUGAUAGAGUUAAACUAGAGAUAAAAGAUGCUUCUAUAGGUUAUCCCAAUAUAUGUGGAGCUAAUAAUUUACAUGCAGUAUCAUUACAAUUAUAUCCUUCUGAGUGUAGAGCAAGUGGAAUUACAUAUAAAAGUAAACUUGAAGUCUCUCUCCAAUGGAGUAAAAAUGGAAUUGUUCAAGAUGUUAUUACAAAAAAUAUUGGAGAAAUUCCAAUAAUGGUUAAAUCAAAUGUGUGUAAUCUUUCCAAAUUAACACCAAAACAAUUAAUUGAAAAAGGAGAAGAGGAAGAAGAAUUUGGAGGUUAUUUCAUUAUUAAUGGAAUUGAAAAAAUAAUGCGUCUUUUACUUGUACAGCGUAGAAAUUAUGUAAGUAUUGAAUACUUACCAUUUACCAAUAUUGUCUUUAUGACAAGGAAGUUAUUUGCUACAGCUAAAGGUGAAUGUGCUGUUGAAUCUGCUGAUAGUGCAAUGAAUCAAGAAGCACUUCUUCCAGGUCACAUAUACUUGGCUGUAUUAAAAGAAAAGAUAGAACUGUGGUUGCAAAUAAUAAGAAAAAAUAUGGAGAAAAAAGCAAAAGCUAAAGGUGCUGCAUUUGAAAUUAACAUAACUAUUAUGAAUAACUGUGUGAGCACUUCUAUGGAUUUGUCCAGACCUAUGGAAUAUCUUUUGGCAACUGGUAAUGUGAAUGCUCGUUCCUUGUUGGGACUGCCACAAAUAACUGGUCUUUCAGUUGUUGCAGAAAAAUUAAAUUAUUGGCGUUACUUAUCUCACUUUCGAUCAAUUCAUAGAGGUGCAAUAUUCACUGAAAUGAGAACUACUACUGUAAGAAAAUUAUUACCAGAAAGUUGGGCUAUUAUGAAUAACUGUGUGAGCACUUCUAUGGAUUUGUCCAGACCUAUGGAAUAUCUUUUGGCAACUGGUAAUGUGAAUGCUCGUUCCUUGUUGGGACUGCCACAAAUAACUGGUCUUUCAGUUGUUGCAGAAAAAUUAAAUUAUUGGCGUUACUUAUCUCACUUUCGAUCAAUUCAUAGAGGUGCAAUAUUCACUGAAAUGAGAACUACUACUGUAAGAAAAUUAUUACCAGAAAGUUGGGGGUUUUUAUGUCCAGUCAAUACACCUGAUGGUGCUCCUUGUGGUCUGUUGAAUCAUUUAACUGCAUUCUGUGAGGUAAAAACUAUUAUGAAUAACUGUGUGAGCACUUCUAUGGAUUUGUCCAGACCUAUGGAAUAUCUUUUGGCAACUGGUAAUGUGAAUGCUCGUUCCUUGUUGGGACUGCCACAAAUAACUGGUCUUUCAGUUGUUGCAGAAAAAUUAAAUUAUUGGCGUUACUUAUCUCACUUUCGAUCAAUUCAUAGAGGUGCAAUAUUCACUGAAAUGAGAACUACUACUGUAAGAAAAUUAUUACCAGAAAGUUGGGGGUUUUUAUGUCCAGUCAAUACACCUGAUGGUGCUCCUUGUGGUCUGUUGAAUCAUUUAACUGCAUUCUGUGAGAUUGUGAAUGUACAGCCACCAGUGGGACAUUUGCCAAAACUUUUAACUUGUUUAGGCAUGAUUCCUUAUGAUGGAAUUAUUCCUACUACAGCUAAAUUUUAUUAUAUUAUAUUUCUUGAUGGAAAAGUGAUUGGAUGGGUAUCGGCUGAAAAAGCGUCGGAUUUAGUAAAUAAGUUACGUUAUUUGAAAACUCUUCAAAAAGAAAUGGUAUCAAAUUGUUUGGAAAUAGGUUUUGUUCCAAAAACAGCUAAAUUAGCACAGUAUCCUGGCAUAUUUCUUUUUUCUACACCUUCACGUUUUGUAAGACCUGUCCAUAAUUUAAGUGUCAACAGUACUGAAAUGGUUGGUACAUUUGAACAAGUUUAUCUUGAUAUUUGUGUCAUACCAGAAGAAGCCAUUGAGGGUAUUACUACACAUCAAGAAAUUAGAGAAAUUAGCAUAUUGAGUAUCUUAGCCAAUAUGAUACCAUUUUCAGACUUCAACCAAAGUCCACGUAAUAUGUAUCAGUGUCAGAUGGGUAAGCAAACCAUGGGAACUCCAUGUUAUGCUUACAAAUAUAGAUCUGAUAAUAAACUGUAUAGGAUUCAGACGCCACAUACACCAUUGGUUCGACCUACCAUGUAUGAUCAUUAUCAUAUGGAUAAUUAUCCCACUGGAACAAAUGCAAUAGUUGCUGUCAUUUCAUAUACUGGCUAUGACAUGGAAGAUGCCAUAGUUUUGAAUAAAUCAUCAUUAGAAAGAGGUUUUAAAUAUGGUGGUAUUUACAAAUCUGUUUUUGUUGAUUUGAGAGAUUUAGCUGGAGAUAGAAGUAACCAGACUUCAUAUAUGUUUGGAAAAAAAUAUUUUGUUACUGAACUUGAACAUAAAUUGGACAUUGAACUCAAAAAUAAAAUUGAUGAAGAUGGAUUGCCUUUUAUUGGAACAAGACUUGAUUAUGAAAGUCCAAUGUGCAGCUAUAUUGAUCUCUCAAGUAAUGAAGUACGUGUGAUAAAAUAUAAGUCUACUGAAUCUGCUUAUGUAUUUGAUGUGAAAGUUAUAGGCAGUGAAAAUGGAGUUGAUAUCUUACAAAAGAUUUGUAUUACUCUAUGGAUUCCAAGACCACCUAUUAUAGGAGAUAAAUUUGCUAGUAGGCAUGGUCAGAAAGGUGUUUGUAGUCAAAAAUGGCCAAUUGAAAACAUGCCAUUUACAGAAAGUGGUAUGGUUCCAGAUAUUAUUUUUAAUCCACAUGGAUUUCCUUCUCGAAUGACAAUUGGGAUGAUGAUUGAAAGUAUGGCUGGAAAAUCUGCUUCUCUUCAUGGAAUUGUUCAUGAUGCAACAGCUUUUAAAUUUUCUGAAUCUUAUCCUGCCUCUGAAUAUUUUGGAGAACUACUCCAAAAAGCUGGCUAUAAUUAUUUUGGUACUGAAAGAAUGUACAGUGGAAUUGAUGGAAGAGAGUUGGAAGCUGACAUUUUCUUUGGUGUUGUUUAUUAUCAAAGACUACGUCAUAUGGUUGCAGAUAAAUUUCAGGUGCGGACAACAGGUCCUAUUGAUAUUUUGACACACCAGCCAGUUAAAGGAAGAAAACGAGCUGGUGGUAUCAGAUUUGGAGAAAUGGAAAGAGAUUCAUUACUGGCACAUGGAACGUCAUUUUUACUUCAUGAUAGACUUUUUAAUUGUUCUGAUAAGUCUAUGGCAUACGCUUGUAGACAAUGUGGCAGUCUUCUUUCACCACUUUUUGAAAAGCCUGUAACAGAUGAAAAUUUACCAUUUAGUAAAGAGAAAGUUCCAUCUUGGAAAUGCAUCACUUGCAAUACUGACGAUACAGUAGAUAUUGUCUCUAUUCCUUACGUUUUUCGAUACCUUGUUACAGAAUUAGCUGCAAUUAAUAUCAAAGUAAAACUAGACAUAAGAUAG